AACGGGAGCAAGAGCGGCUGUUAGCGGCCUCCGUUCCGCCUCUGUGAUCGAAUCCUCCUCCACCAGACUCCACUCAGAACCCAGCUGCUUUAAGGCGGUUCCGCUUAUCAACAACAGCAGCUAUUCUGUGGAGUUCUGUUUGAUUUGGGUUCUCAUGAAACGAUUCCAGACCAUCAGUUCGGCUGUUUGUUAGCAGCUGACUAGCUUCAGUUGGUUCGGUUCUGGUGGUUUUAACCCGGUUUAUCAGGUGCAGCGCAGACAUGCGUCUUCGUCCUCACCAGUUGUCUGCAGGGAGUCCCUGCACGUUGUGGACAUUCGUCGUUACAGCAGAGACCCGGCGUUCGCCAUCUACUUCCCCCAGGCCGUCCAGACUGGUGACUCUGGACCCCGGUCUGAACCGGCUGGUGGAGAGGCGGGUCCUGAAGCCGGGGUCGGCACUCCGUAACGCCGCAUUCAGCCCGGCCCUGAGCGCACAGCUCCCAGAAUGCCCUGGGGCCUCCGCAGACAGAGACAGCUACAGGCUGGUGAGCGUUCAUGUUGACGAUGAGGAGGAAGGAGUCAGGAGGUGCGAGGCGGACUGGGACUCUCUGCCCUGGUUCGGACCAUCAGAACCAGCAGGUGAGCUGCUUCCUCUCAGAGCCAGCAGGAGCGUCUUCCUCCCUCUGUGGAAUAACGUGGAUUACAGCGGCGAGGCGUGGACGGAGGCUCCGCCCACUGAGGGCCUGGAGGAGGAAGACGAGGAGGAGGAGGAGGAGGAAGGACGACAGCCGUCUGUUACCGUGUCCGAGCUGCGGGAACGCUUCCUGUCCKGUCGCCGCGGCGUCACCAGGGGCGCCAUCCAGCAUCAGCUGAUCGUACGCAUCAUCAACAAGUCCCACCUGAUGUACUACGGCAGGACAGACAGGAACUGUGAAUGCCCAUAUAAGGCCGUGCUGCAGGCCUGCGACCCGACAGGAAGUGUGUGUGUGGUGCUGUGGAACAGUGUGUGUGUCAACUGGUACCGGCGCCUGGAGCUCGGUGACAUCAUCAGCCUGCGACGCUUCCGGGUCAAACAGCACUACCAGGCGGAGGUCGACGACAUCGAGAUCAGUGUGAACAGCAGGAACCCGGCAGCUCAGCUCUGCGUCGUCUCGGAGACGUCCGUCUCACCUGAGAGCGUCCCGCCUGCGCCGUCAUACAGCUUCUACAGCAGCAAGGAGUACCAGGAGCGUCGUCACGGCAACCUGUGUGAUGUCAUCGGCCUGCUGACCUUCGCAGGUCGGUCGGAGCGAGUCCGGAGUAAAGAUGGUCGAGGGGCGGGRCUUCUGGAGUACCGCUGGCUCCGAUUGGAGGACGGCAGCAGCGAGCAGCCAAUCAUGGUGAAGCUGUUCUCCACGUCGCAGCCUGAGACGCAGCUGAAGCUCCUCCCACUGUCCGUGGUGGUCUGCACCCGCCUCCGGCCCGUCACGGCCCACCAGAACCCCGCCUGGCUCUACCUCACCAACACCACCUACACACAGGUGUACUGCACAGGGCAGGGUCACCACCCCCGGAUGAGCUACCGGCGGCUGCAGCCGGUCCGGACCUUCCUGCGGUGGCUGAGGAACCAGGAGGACCAGCAGGUGCUGAGCAGGGCUCUGAUUGGAGGGUUCUUCAUCUUCCCGCCUCCUCCCGUCUCCUUGGAAACGCUCAUGAGGGAGAGGAGAGGUGAGCUCGGGUUCCUGCAGGGGGCGGAGCUUCAGAGGGAGCUGGAGCAGCUCUGUUACCGGGAGCGACGCACCUUCUGCCUCCAGGCGACCGUUUCCAUGGUUACCUACAGCUGCGCGGGAGAGGAGGACCGCUGUCUGUUCUGGACGGACAGGCCGUCGUUCUCGCCGUCUCCGCCGUCCUUCAGGACGCCAUUGUCCUCCCGUUUUUGCCCGAUGUCUCCGUCCUCGUCCCUCAGCGCGUCCACGCCGCGUCCUGCAGGCGCGUCACGGCGKUCCAGCAGGAGGAGGAAGCUGCUGAUGCCAGAGACGCCCAGCAAGAGGCGUCCUCUGCUCGCUGUCCAGCCAGAACCCGACAGGACAGUGAUCCUGUUUGAGGCCUCCAUGGAGUUCCUGGAUCCCGCUGGUGAAGACGAGGAUGAUGAAGACGAUGAUGACGAUGACUCUUCCUCCUACGCCACCGCCGCCCUCCMCCCGWCCUUCUCGCCCGUCGCCACGGAAACCUUACCGCUGCGCUUCGACUACGGCCGCAGGGAGGAGCAGGCUGCUGCCGUGGCGAUGGGGGGCGGGGCCAGCGCCCAGCGCUGUGGCUCCGCCCCCAGAGACUACUACAYAGUGAGGCUGAGAGCUCUGUCGGACGGCCUGACGAUCGACGCCGCCUUCCUGCCUCACCUGUCCUCCUCCUCGCAUCGCCACGGCAACACCUGGGCCUCCAUCCUGUCCCAGGGAGCCUUCUCCUCACACACACCGCCGCCGUCUCCAGCUGACCUGAUCGCCAUGGCGCCCCAGCUGGCCAAUCAGAGGCUGGUCUGCGUCCUGGAGGCGUGUCACCUGGGCGGAGCCAGAACCGAACUGGUUCUGAGUCGAGGUUUCCACCUGAAGGACUGACACCUGGAGGUUCCUCACUGCGACCCAGAAGAACCAGCAAGAACCUUUUAAUAAACAUCGUAAUCAAACGCCGACUCUUCAGMCCUGAGACGUCUAGUGGUUGCCAUGGAGACCUGAGAUGAGGAGGUCCGUUCUGGACCAACCCAAGUGGACCUCCGUGUCGCAUCAUAUCCGUUCCCCAGGGGAACAGAACGUAGCAACAAGAAGUUCCAGGAAGUUUUAUUUAUUUAUUCAGUUCAGUUUAUUUAUGAGGCAACUUUUUAUAACAUGUCAUCUUAGCGGACUUUUUAAAAAAAGUAAUUUUAAUUCCAGUCGAAGGGUUUUCAUUUCAUUAGAAACCAGAAGGACUGAAUCAGUGUGAAUGUGAGCCACUGUUUUUAUCGUAAAGCAUCUUUGAGUGUUUUUUUUUUAAAUAAAGUGCCAUAUAAGUUUGA